AUGCAGGGCAUCUACGAGGGCGGCGACGUCAAGGAAAUGUGUUUCCUGAGACUUGCUGAGACGUAUGAUAUCUUUAUCGAGUUCGCGCCCGAUGACCCGCCUAGUUUGCUGCAGAGAUGGGGAUCUGAUCUUACCGAGGUCUUGGUGUUGCUUUUGGGGACGAGGGAUUUUGCUCUGGAGAAAGGGGGCUUAUGGGACGGUGUUGCGGCCAGCUCGCCGGCAUGCGAUCUACCGAGCGAGUUGGUUGAAGCCUUUGUGGAAGACGCGGAAUACCCUCGCUUCACGAGAUUCUCGAUCCUGAAGGAGUCGAAGAAGGAGAAGUGCAAGUACAAGAGGCUGGGUCGUUUUGAUGUCUGGGGUAGGAAUGAUAUCGGUGUGGCUUAA